AGUUUACUUCUUUGCUUUCAGAGAGAGAGAGAGAGAGUAUCUGAUGUGGAUUGGCCUUUAGAUCUUAAAAAGAGCCCUGGAUUGAGAGAGGGUUCAUGAGAGUCGGUCUAGGAAGGAAACGAGGAGUGGAGCGAGGAUUUGGGCGAGAAAUGAGAGAGAAUAUUAUGCAUGGUUUGAGUUUUGAAAAAAUAUAGGCUUUUUUAAUUUCUUUAUUUCUGUUUGUAUUGACAUAUAUAAUAUAUCAAUAUCCGAUCUGUCUCCCAGACGAAGAGCUGGGUCUCAGGAAAAUCGGAAACCUCUCAGAUACUUCUCUCUGUACACACUCUGCUGACUAUCUCUACCUCUCAGUCUUUGCUCAAAACUUGGCUACGUUCUGGGUUUGUUCCUCAAAUUCGUUAACCUGCGAGAUUUGGUGUAACCUUUUCCAGCCUCGAUUCUUCAAAUUCCUUUAGAUUUUACUUCCCUUUGAUUUCGAUAUAAUGGGUUUGUGAAAGUUGAGAUUCGGUUCUCUCUUCAAAAUCUCUGUAUCUGCUUCAAAUUUUCUUGAAACGUUAUCGGAAGAAAACGACAAUGUCUCGAGAAGACAAAACAUGAGUACAGCAAUACAAGCAAUAACUUGGGUCUUUCUCUGUGUCUUUGCAUCUGAUUUUGCUUCUAACUCACUUGAAAUUUAUAUACUUUAGAUGGAAAAGAACAAGAAUGGAUAAAGCGGAUCAAACCCAGAGGUAUAACAAUAGCGGGAGUGGUGGUGGUAUCGGCGGCGUUGCUAGAUCUUCCAAAAAUCCAAAGCAAAAGAAAGCCCCACAGAGAGGACUUGGGGUGGCACAGCUUGAAAAGAUCAGGCUAGAAGAACAGCAAAAGAAAGAUGUAGCUGCAAUUUUGUCACCACCAGCUUCAGUAUCACAGAGAAAAUCUUCCUUUCUAUCUUUGCCAAUUCCAACUUACCACCAUUCUAAUCCAUCUUCAUGCUCAAUUCCUUUUCCUUCUCCAUCCCUGCCUGAUCUUUCAUCACGAGAUUUGUUAAUCCGGCCACCUCAACCGGCUCAAAACAACGAUGAAAAAAAUUCAAGCACGGUAAAUAGUGGUGGAUUUGAAGCCGGAUGGUUGGGGAUUUCAGUUCCCGGGCUGGGCUGUGUGCCUAAAUUGUGGAACUCCUACGAGUAUAAUCUGGAAAAGGAGAAUUCUGGCAUGGAUCCCAGAUUGGCAUUUCGGUCGAAUUUGAAUUUGCCUUACGAAUCGGACAACCAUAUUUGGCCACCCCCUAGUUUGAUGCCAAGAACACAGCAAUAUCAGCAACAGCCGAUGGUGAAUGUCUCAUCAGGUACUUCAUCAUCAUCUGUACUAAAUUUUCGUAUGGAGCCCCCUUCAAACCAAAGCUAUCAUUGCAACUAUUCGCCUAUGUGGCCUCCUGAGGAAGUGAAGAUGGUUGGCACGAAGAGGCUGUAUCCAUUCUCUCUAGACAAUUCUUCAGGCCCCUCUUCCCACUACAAAUUACCUAGCCUUGUUGUUCCUGUCAGAUCAGAUGAAUCAGCCUCAUGCGAAAACGUAGGCAUGUUUAAUUUUGAGGGCAGCAAUUCAAUUCUAAGAGAGAGACCCUCAUGGUCAACUUCCAUUUCCAACUCUAAACUGAAUUCAAAUAAAAGCAUAAAAGAAAAUGAGGUUAUCAAAGGAGAGUUUCUCUCAUUAUCUCCCAGAAUCACUUCAACAUGUCCAAGCUCAAAUUUCAUGCAGCAUUCAGCUUGUCUGGCCUCUCAAGACCCUGGAUUCCGUGAUGAAUCACUACCUUAUCAAGGAAUUGUGGAAGACCCAAUUAUCAAGCCGGCAGGGUCAAGUCUGUUGAAUCAGCAACCACCUUUUUAUUACUUUCUCCCACCCGCAAAGGAGCAAAUAGGCAAAGCAACAACCACUAUGAACAAUUGCAACGGCGGAGUAGGAGAAAGGAUUGAUCUGAAUUUGAAAUUAUAAAGUUCUCUGCCCAUUCUUCUAGUUUGUUUGGUGGCAGGCUGUUUGUUCCUCUCUAUGAGACAAAAUAUACUAAGAGAUUAUCCUAUCGUCUUGGUUGUUCUUUUGAA